AUGGAUCGCCCCAUCAAGGUCAUCCAAGCCCCGACCAAGCCCACUUGGAUCACCAAACUCGUUUUACGCGCCCUCGCCCUCAUUUUCGGAAUCUCCCUGAUCGGCCUCAUCGGCGCGAUCGCCGCCAUCCACAGGUAUUCCUACUACGACGAUGGCUACUACUAUUCCAGCUCCGAUGCCUGGCUGCCCCUCGCCAUCGUAGGCGGCCAGAUCAUCGUCUCCAUCUGCUGGAACAUUGCCGAGAUCAUCUCCAUCCUCGUCCGCCGAGGUCACCGCGGAACCCACCCGGGCGCGUGCGUCGGCAUGGAUCUGCUCCUCUGGAUCGGCGUCCUCGUCGGCAUUAGCAUGUUGGGUGCGUUUUGCUGGGGCGCGACCUGCGGCUACGAUUUCGACGAGGAUGGUGAUGAGGGGCCUGCCGUCCUGUCUCGCACCAAGGCUCUCCUUGGACUUGGCUCGAUUCUCACCUUCCUUCACAUCGUACUCUUCUGCAUCGCCUGCUGGGAGACCAGCGUCCGGAAUAGCGUCCCCAAGGUGGUUCUUGACCGCAACGGCGCCCCUUUGCGGCCCGCUCCGGGUGACGCCAAGAUGUACCAGCAGCCCCAGGUCUAUUAUCCCCCUCAGCAACCUAUUCCACACGCCGGUACCAUCCCUGUUCAAAACUUGGGGACUGGUCCUGCGCCCGGCCACCCCGAGGCCAAGGUUUCCGAGUAUUAUGCUCGCGCUGAACCGGUCCAUCAACAGGGCGGACCCGCCCUGUCCUGCGUCGAGUGCCGGCGCCGCAAGAUCAAGUGCGAUCGGGAGAACCCUUGCGCGCAUUGCGUAGCCGCAAAGUCCGAGUGCUCCUACAAGACGUUUAACAACCGUUCUUCCGCCCCCGGGAGCUGGAACACGCUCAAGCACGCUGUCGGCAAUGUGCCGCAGGACACACCUGAUUCUGAUUCGGCUCCAGUUUCAGCGCUGCUAAAUACCCCUGCGCUCGACGUGGUCAAUGGCACGGCCCGGAGAUCCCACCCGACGCAGCAGCAAGCGGACGAGUCGGUGGUCUUUCGCGAUCUUCUCGAUAGGGUACGUAGGCUCGAAGCUACUCCUGCUUCGAGCCUGGCUCCAACUCGCAGCCCCUCCGACGCGAGCCGGGAUGUCCUAUCACUUCAGACGGGACCUAUCCAGGAUGCGCAAAUCUUGUUAAACAAGACCAGGGUGCUUCGUUGGAGUUUCUGGACAGGCAUGUCUGAAGAGCUCAUGCCUAUAAUAUCCUGCUUCAGCGAGGCGUGCAAGCCCACUGGGAAAGGACCCUUCGCACAAGAGGACAUCGCGCCCGUGGUCGCCGACAUGGGCCGUCUCCUUCGCAAAUGCAAAAUGAUUGCCAAAGAUCUCAAGGCAUCUCGGCCCAGUAGAACCCUCUCCUCCACCGAGGUCCACCUAUACCCUCCGGCCCGCGAGACGGCGGAUAAACUGGUCCACCUGUAUUUCCAGUCCUUCGAAUCCGUCUACCGCAUCCUGCACAGGCCAACCUUCAUGGCCGAGUACCGCAACUACUGGGACGAUCCCACCGCCGCCACCGACGCCACCCGCCUCAAGCUCCUCCUCGUCAUCGCCCUCGGGUCGAGCAUCCAGGAGCUUGACGGGAGCGACCCGUUCCUCGACGAGCAGACCCACUCGUGGGUGUAUGCCGCCCAGACGUGGCUGGCCGGACCCUUGGAAAAAGACCGCCUGAACAUUGCGGGGCUCCAGGUCCACUGCCUGACUAUUCUGGCGCGGCAGGUAUUCUCCAUGGGCCUGCACCGCGACCCGGACCGCCUACCUUCCAUGUCGUUGCUCACCGCGGAGAUGCGUCGGCGGCUCUGGGCCACCAUCCUAGAAAUGACGGUGCAGGCAUCCCUUGACGCUGCCAUGCCGCCCCGCAUUUCCUUUGACGAUUUCGAUACCCGUGCCCCGCGGAACUGCAACGACGAAGACUUGAGCGAAUCGUCCACGGCCGGACAGGAGCAGCACCCGAGGCAAGAAUUCACCGAAACAUCCAUCCAGCUCAUCCUGUAUGACUCGCUACCCACUCGCCUCCGCAUCCUUCGAUUACUAAACGAUCUCCACUCGGAGCUGUCCUACCCCGACGUUCUCCGCCUAAGUUCCGAGAUCACGGACAUCUGCCGAGGCCUCGACACCGCCACCGCCAUCGGCACCCCGGAGCCCGACGACGCCUUUACCCGCCUGUCCAUCGCCGGCGGCGGCCUCUUCAAGGAAGGGUUCCGCUACGCCAUGUCCGCCAUCGGUCUCGAGCUCGUCACGCGCGUCGAGGAGCGCCGCCUCGACGGGACGCUGCGCCGCCCGUCCGAGUACUGCGAGGGUCUGAAGCGUACCUUGCGCUCGAUGCUGGCGCUGAGCCUGGAGCGCGUGCGGGCGGGCGAGACUAAUGUUAAAGGCCACAUGUUUCUGCAGAUGAUUCUGGCGCAGGCGGAGGCCAAGGAGGCGGGGGUGCCGUGCGAGCUGCAUAUUGCAACGGCGGCGAGGGAGAGUUUGGAGCUGUGCUAUGGGGUUUUGAGGGAGAGGGCGGAGGUUGCGCGGCUCGGGUGUGCGGAUGUGAAUGCGGAUACUCCCUGA